UAAAAAGGGGUAACUGUGAAAUCUAGAUGGGGACACAACAAUUAUAAAUUAAAGAAUGGGCGAAAAGAUUACUAGGUAUUGUUGAAAGAGCAAUUUCUUUAUAUGUCAAAAUAUAAAUCAAAUCAAAUAUGGUAUGGUGUAGACUUGCUUAAAUUGUUUGUUUUUAUUGUACAAAUCAGAAGAUUAUUUUCGAUAGGAACAGGGGAGAGCCUUAAAAACGAAUAAACACCGUCUGUCGGCUCUAAAUUUUCGAGAUAAUCACUCCUGGUAAAGAAAACGAAAAGAAAGUUAUGUCCACCCCAUGGGUUUUGAUGACUGUCUACUGGUUUUGGUCCAGAUGAGGGUAGUUUGAACGAUGCUUUGCAGACGGAUUUCUGACUUAAUUUCACAGGGGAAUCUUAGAAAACCCAUUUAAGGAGUUAAAAAGAAUGGCAAGAGCAGAGUUGAACCUGCAGAGUACCUCUCAGUUGUUCAAACAAGCGGCGUUGUCAUUCAAGGCAAGUAUUUGGGUUUUCUUAAGCAUAGCUCUUUUGUCUUCUGUAUAUGAAACUGCUAUUGAGCGUGCAACCGAUCUGUCUGGUUUUUCUUUAAAUUUUAACGAUACCAGACUUUCGGUUGACUUUGAUUUCCAUUUAAAAUCCCUUUUUCCAAUCCACUCAGAUGAUGAGGUUAAUGAAGCAAAGCAGGGGGGUGCAAAUUCUUUGUUGGGUCGUUUUCUAUCUGCAAUUUUUGCACCAACAUCCACAACCAAUGGGACUGCUGCGGAAUUGGCUCAGAAAGAAUAUAGUCAAGGAGAAAAAGAUGGAUCAGUAGAGGCCGUGGGCGAGCAAAUUGGACUCAGUGAGAGAGGAGAUCAAGUAGUUGACAGUAUAGGAGAAAAAAUUAUGCAAUCCAAGGAAUUAGAGAAUGUCCAAAAUGAAACACCCAAUGAAUCAGAGGGAAAUUCCUAUGUAAAACCCAAUGAACCAGAAACAAUUGACAAACUCCCGAACGAAUCAGAGUAUGCCCCCUUUGGAAAGAUCAUUCAAAGUGAAAACCCAUCAGAAGAUAGUAAAGAUCUUGAUGAAUCAGGUAUUACCCACAAUGAAAACCUUAAUCAUAUAGAUACUGAUUCUGAGAUUGCCCACAAAAGAAGUCCCGAUAAACCGGGAAUUACCCAAGAUGAAAAUAACGCUAAAUUGGAGAAUCAAUCAGAUAGUGCACGUGGUUUAGAUGGAAAUGCUUUGGAAGAUGGUGAUGAGAUAAUUGGAUCUCCAUUUGUAGGGUCGCUGAAAAUAGUUCAUAGGUUUGGGAAUGAAAGCAAGAAAAAUAUUGCAAAGAAACUGUUGAAGCAGCAAGCUAGGACCCCAUCUUCUACAGGCAUAUUUGAUCAAGGAGCGAUUCCGCCCGGAGCAGAAAAAACUUUGGCUCUUGUGUUGUCAAUCAUUCUGCUAGUUUCAUUUGUUAUUCUCUUAGUUGUUACCUUUCAGGUUGCAUUUGCUCUCAGAGUUGUAGCCUUUACUGUCACUAGUACUCAUGUCGGGAAGAAAGCCUCAAUUAAGCAUUCACUCAGAUCAAGCCUGAGGUCUGGCAUUUGGAAGUUAAUGUGGUUUGCAAUUUUUAUUGGGUUUCUUCAAGAACUUCAGACCCAAUUCAUGGCUAAGAUUUUCUUUGGAGAGGCCUUGGAGAAGAAUCAGAUUGAAAAACUGGUAUAUAGGUUGUCAGUCAUGCCUUUUUCUAUCUUGGCUCCAUGGAAGGAUGAUUUGGCUACUGGCAUGGGUAUGUCUAUACGGAUAGGGGCUUUUACAAGUUUUCGGUAUUUGUUUGAUUGGCUGAUUUACAGUACUUAUAUUGUGGGCUGCUGGGUAGCCAUUAUGGAAAGAGAGUAUUCUGGUCGUGAAGCUUUGAAUAAAGGCUGGAAUCUGGUAAAGAACAUGGCAUUUGAAGCUGCAAUAAUUAAAGUUAUUGAAGCUGUUUUCUGUGGACGAAGCUUCGGUUGGAUGCUCAAGAAACUUGGUGGACAGUUCUUUUCAUCUUUUACAGUAACUCUAGUGCAGACAUACUUUCUAGUACUUUGGUUAAUUUUCUAUUUUGCUGCAAGAUGCAAGGAAGAUGAGGGUGGGAGAGAGCAUUUUACUCACCAGGAUUUGGAGGACUUUCUGGACAAACUCAGGUAAAUCCAUAUUUUGCAGUAAUGAUUGCAAGAAUGGCCAUUUUAAGAAUACUGAUGAGAUAAUUUUCUUGUGUAUAAUUAUUUCCAGCCCGUGAAGGCAUGUAAUGAAAGCAAUCCUUGUGAUAUGUAGGUUGUUAAGGGUCAAUAUUGGGUAUUUCUGUAGGAUCUAAGGAUUCUCUUUCUUUCCAAAGAUUAUCGUACAGAAAAGCCGAAUAUAUGGUUUAAGAAGGCAAUCUUCUGUAGUGACCAAACCUACAUAUCGAUUCAUGAGUUACACAACAUUAUUAUUUUUCUUACUACAAGUAAAUAUGAUGUUUGUUGUCUUCA